CCCGGGACUCGCUCUCCUCCCGCUGACUCCAGGCUCAUGAGGCGCUAGAGACCCGGAGCCCUCCAUUGGCUGUCCCGACUGCCAAGGCUGUCAGGCAGAGGCGACCGGGAAGCAGCGAACCGACGGACCCUCUUCGGUGCAGAAGGCCCGACGGAGCACCAGCGGCUCGGACGGACACGAGUGGAACACAAGCCGCGGCUCGGAGCAGAAUCCUCGCUAACGUCGGCUGGAAGUUUCCGAGAUGUGGUGACGUGACUCCACCGAGGCGACGGGAAGCUAAGGCUAGCCGACGCGCUAACGCUCCUGGGGAAAACAGGCGGAGUUCCGCACGUUCAGCGGCUCUUUGACCGGUUCAGAUCGUGUAAGACACACGGACACGACGCAUUCCACCAUGUUGUCUACCUCCAUCUCCAACAGAGCGGCUCUUUAGAGAAGUAUCUGAAAACUAGCAAGCGUUAGCUAACUAGCGGGCUAGUAGCUAACAUCCAGACUGACUUCAAGCCGAAGAACUCCGCUUCUUCUGCCUCCACGUCCCCGGCCCGGGUUCUCCUCGAGCGGCUGCCCUUCUACCGGAGGACCCGUGUUCAGUUUGAAGGAUUUAACACGGACACGGUACUUCCACAUCCAGGGAUGCAACCAUCCGAUCACCGGCUCACUUCAUGCUAGCCUGCUAACGCGGAGUUAGCCGGCCGAAGUUGGAAUACUGCCCCUGUCCCUGCUCCCUUUGCGUGGGGGUUCGCUGCGAGGCCUUCAGGAAGCGAUCCCCUCUCCACAGCCGCGAUGCCCCCCCGCCGGUGAGGGGACUCGAUCCGCUGAGCGACCCGAGCCGUGUCUGUCCCGCUCGACCUGCCGGGGACACCGUGGACCACCUGGACCUUGUUGUUUACUCGACAUCCGAGUAACGUGGCUCUCGAAGACAUCUGACAUCCCGCUGUUCAUUCAAGAUGAUGUGCGAGGUGAUGCCCACCAUCAGUGAGGCCGAAGGGCCCGGGGGGGUCGGCAGCAGUGGUCGACGGGGCUCCGGCUCCCCGCUGCAGUCGGACUCAGAGGGUCACUUUGAGUCGCUGAUGGUGUCCAUGCUGGAGGAGCGGGAUCGUCUUCUGGAGACUCUGAGGGAGUCUCAGGAGAACCUGGGCCUGACGCAGGGCAAACUGCACGAAGUGAGCCACGAGAGAGACUCGCUGCAGAGACAACUCAACACGGCUCUGCCACAGGAGUUUGCUGCACUAACAAAGGAGGUGAACGUGUGCCGGGAGCAGCUUCUGGAGAAGGAGGAGGAGAUCGCAGAGCUGAAGGCCGAGAGAAACAACACACGGCUGCUGCUGGAGCACCUGGAGUGCUUGGUGUCUCGUCACGAGCGCAGCCUGAGGAUGACCGUGGUGAAGAGACAGGCUCAGUCUCCUGCAGGGGUCUCCAGUGAGGUGGAGGUCCUCAAAGCCCUGAAGUCACUUUUCGAACACCACAAAGCCCUCGAUGAGAAGGUCAGAGAACGACUACGCGUUGCUUUGGAAAGAUGCAGCGCCUUGGAGGAGCAGCUCACCCUCUCGCACAAAGAAUUGGCGUACCUCAGGGAGCAGAGCAGCCAGAAGAGAGGCCUGGCCGACGGAACCAGCGAGGUCAACCACAACUCUGAAAACACACCGAGCACCAACGGCAAGCGGUCGUCGGAUGGUUCUCUGAGCCAGGAGGAGGAGUCGUUAUCUGGCUUCGGGAAGGUCUGUGAGCUCCAGGAUGUGGUGGACCGUCAGACCACCGAUCUGGGCCAGAUGAAGGAGCGCAUGUGUGCCAUGGUGUCACGCAUCAAUGAGCUGGAGGAGGACCUGGACACGGCCAGAAAGGACAUCAUCAAGUCCGAAGACAUGAACACGAGGCUGCAGAGAGAUCUGAGAGAGUCGGUAGCUCAGAAAGAAGACAUGGAGGAGAGGAUCACCACCCUGGAGAAGCGCUACCUGGCAGCCCAGCGGGAGGCCACCUCCGUCCAUGACCUCAACGACAAGCUGGAGAAUGAAGUGGCCAACAAGGAGUCCCUCUUCAGACAAACCGAGGACAGAAACAGGCAGCUCCAGGAGAAACUGGAGCUGGCGGAGCAGAAGCUGCAGCAGACCAUCCGCAAGGCGGAGACUCUGCCUGAGGUGGAGGCCGAGCUGGCCCAGAGGGUCGCUGCCCUCACCAAGUGUGUUCUGUGUGGCUCUAACGGCUCUAAGACUCAGAAGAAGGCAGAGGAACGUCACGGCAAUGUGGAGGAGAGACUGAGGCAGCUGGAGGCUCAGCUGGAGGAGAAGAACCAGGAGCUGGUCAGGGCGCGGCAGCGAGAGAAGAUGAAUGAGGAGCACAACAAGCGUCUGUCGGAGACGGUGGACAAGCUCCUGUCCGAGUCCAACGAGAGACUCCAGCUGCACCUCAAAGAGAGGAUGUCUGCUCUGGAGGACAAGAACGCCCUGAUUAGAGAACUGGAUCACACCAAGAAGCUGAUUGAGGAGUCUCACCACGAGAAGGAGCAGCUCCUGAUCGAGAUUGAGACCAUGAGGGCGGAGAACGAGCAGGGCAGGAGCAGGAGCAACUCCUUAUUACAUGGACGCUCUCAGCUGGGCAGCACUCCAGAUUUCAGGUAUCCAGUGUCGGCGUCCUCGCUGAUGGACAGUAGCUCAGACCACUAUGGAAGUGCUCUCGUGCUGAGGCGUCCUCAGAAGGGACGAGUGUCAGCGCUCCGUGACGAGCCGUCCAAGGUGCAGACUUUAAAUGAGCAGGAGUGGGAGCGAAUGCAACAAGCCAACGUGCUGGCUAACGUGGCCCAGGCCUUUGAGAGUGACAUGGACACGUCGGACCUGGAGGAGGACAGAGAGACGAUGUUCAGCUCAGUGGACAUGCUGUCCCCUGGUGGCCAGGCUGAUGCACAGACCCUCGCCUUAAUGCUGCAGGAGCAGCUGGAUGCUAUCAACAAUGAAAUUAGAAUGAUCCAGGAGGAGAAGGAGAACACUGCUAUCCGUGCAGAGGAGAUCGAGUGUCGGGUGAGCAGCGGUGACAGCCUGGGAGGACGCUUCCGCUCCAUGAGCUCCAUCCCUCCUUCCCUGUGUGCGGGCUCGUCGCUGGGCGGCUCCCCCCCGGGCUCGGGUCACUCCACCCCCAGACGCAUUCCUCGAAGCCCCAACAGGGAGCUGGACCGCAUGGGGGUCAUGACCUUGCCUAGUGACCUGCGCAAGCACCGCAGGAAGUCGGCUCAGGACGACAAGGCCACCAUCCGCUGUGAGACGUCCCCCCCCACCACUCCACGCUCCAUGCGCCUGAACAGAGAUGCAGGACACGCCUCCAGCGUGGAGGACAUCAGAGACAUUCGAGGUCUGGCCGGGCUGCAGGACGGUCAGGGUAGUAACCCCAGCAGCAGCAACAGCAGCCAGGACUCGCUCAACAAAGCAGCCAAGAAGAAGAGCAUCAAGUCUUCUAUUGGACGCCUCUUUGGAAAGAAGGAGAAGGGCCGCCCCAGCAUUCCUGGGAAGGAUUCCUCCAGCCAAGCUGGCACGCCGGAGGCAGAGAGCUCUCCUAAGGAUGGAUUAGGAAUGGGCACCCUUGGGGGCCCUGCAGACAAGAACCGGAAGCUGCAGAAGAAGCAUGAGUUACUGGAGGAGGCCCGGCUGCAGGGCCUGCCCUUCGCCCAGUGGGACGGGCCGACCGUGGUGGUUUGGCUGGAGCUGUGGGUGGGCAUGCCGGCCUGGUACGUGGCUGCGUGCCGUGCCAACGUGAAGAGCGGAGCCAUCAUGUCGGCGCUGUCGGACACGGAGAUCCAACGGGAGAUCGGAAUCAGCAACCCGCUGCAUCGCCUGAAGCUCCGCCUCGCCAUCCAGGAAAUCAUGUCCCUCACCAGCCCCUCGGCCCCCCCCACCUCACGAACGACAACAGGAAAUGUUUGGGUCACUCAUGAAGAAAUGGAAACGUUGGCCGCCACACCCCCCACGGACGAUGACGAGGGGAGCUGGGCACAGACGUUGGCGUACGGGGAAAUGAACCACGAGUGGAUUGGUAACGAGUGGCUGCCCAGCCUCGGCCUCCCCCAGUAUCGGUCCUACUUCAUGGAGUCCCUGGUGGACGCCCGCAUGCUGGACCACCUCACGAAGAAGGACCUCAGGGGACAGCUCAAGAUGGUGGACAGCUUCCACAGGAACAGUUUUCAGUGCGGAGUGAUGUGUCUGAGGAGGCUCAACUACGACCGGAAGGAGCUGGAGAGGAGGCGAGACGAGUGUCAGCUGGAGCUCAGAGACGUGCUGGUGUGGAGCAACGAGCGGCUGAUCGGCUGGAUCCAGGCCAUCGGGCUGAAGGAGUACAGCAGCAGCCUCUACGAGAGCGGAGUCCACGGAGCCCUGCUGGCUCUGGACGAGACCUUCGACCACAACACCCUGGCCCUGCUGCUGCAGAUCCCCAUGCAGAACACACAGGCCAGAACGACUCUGGAGCGUGAAUACAACAGUCUGCUGGCCAUCGGCACAGAGAGGAGGAUGGAGGAGGACGACGAUAAGAACUUCCGUCGGGCUCCGUCGUGGAGGAAGAAGUUCCGGCCCAAAGACGUGCGGGGGGGGUCCCUGGGUGCUUCAGACACGCUCCCCGCCAACUUCCGGGUGACCAGCAGCGGUUCCUCAUCUCCCGCCACACAACCAAAGAGGAGCCCGAUGGACGCCAGUGAGUCUAUACAGAGGCUGGACACUGGCACAGUCAGGACCUACUCUUGUUAACACACAACGUUUAUCCUCAUUAUUUCUAUAGGUAGCCGCUGGUCAGAGGAGGAGGGGGAGUUCCCUGCGUUCAAGACCAGGAUGAUGAACUGAACUUUCAAAGACACUAAAACACGUGUGGUUGUCAUCACAGAAAAAACCUUCACUCAUCAAUCUGCGACUCCCCAGAGGAGACGUGCUAGAUUUAUCUACAUUUGUUAUAUUUAUGUAAACCAAUGGGACAUUUAAUUGAUUUUAGAAACGACGUGUAAUCCUUUUAUCCUCUUAAUCGACCCACUUUUUAAGAAUAAACCUUUCUCCACUGUGCCCAUAUUAAGCUCCGCUCUCAGAUGUAUGUCACUGAAUGUUUCUACUGUCUGGAGUUUGUAUAUUUCUACCAACAGACAUUUUAUCUAAUCUUUUUUAUAAUCCUGAUUCUAUUGACCAGAUGUACGUUUUUUUUUUCUUCCUCUUUUGAUUUGAAUUCUAAUCAUUGAAUUAUGCUUAAGUGACUUUGACAUGUGAUAUAACUUAAUUCAUAUCCUUUGCCCUUUUUAACUGUUGUAUUUCUUUGUAGCUUAUUACCUGUGACUUUGUGUAAAUGCAGCUCUUAGGUCAAGGGAAGUGUGAAUAUCAGACAAGUUGCUGGAGUCGUCAGUUUCACAAACUUCUCAGCUCUGAGUCGUCAUCACCUUGAGAAGAACUUCUGGCACGCCGGGUGGUGGCGGCUGCACAUCACGUGAAACACACACACACAAUAUUUCCUUUUUCUCUUCUUUGUUUUUUCACAUCUGCGAUACCAAAAUGAAACUCUUGAAUUUAAGAAGUAAAGCCAUAUAUCAGUAGCGGGGGGGGGGGGAAACAGGGCUACUUUCAGAUGCAAGCGAAACAGAAUUCCAGGUUCUCUCCCGUCGACCUUGCAUGCAGAGACUCCUCCACUAAACCCCACCCAGCCCCCUCACACCUCGUGUGUCCCUUUAAACAAAACGAACCUCCCUCACCUCUGGAGGAACAGUCGGACUCUCGUGAACCGACGAGUCCGGAGCGAUGGACCAACUUCACCGAGGCCUCAGUGGAUCCAUCACCAUCCACCCAGAAUCCCCUUUUUUAAAAACACUUUGUAUGAGGAUUUCAUAUCAAGCCUUAUUGUUUCUGAACUCAUCUGUCGUCUGCUCUUAUUUAUUACUCAUCAGCGUUCAGAGCUCCAGCCCGUUUGUUUCCCACGUCUUAGUUCGUUCACUCUCAAUAACACCGGUUCCACCGCGAGCCGCUCGGAACCCACGAGCUUCCUGUCCUCUCUCUUCAUGUAGUUCAAGCUUCGAGUAGAGACACUUCUGUCGGAGGUGUCGUCACGUAGGCACAAUGCAAAUCAUAUUGCUGUUGUUUUAUUCCCGCUCCUCCACCUGUUGAAUUUUCUGAUCUUGUAACUAUGAUGUACAGUCUGAGUACUUAUAAACUAUUUUUAUCACAGUAUUAUUUAUUGCUUACUUUCAAUAAAAUACUGAAACUUA